UCUGGAUUUUUGGACGACGCCUCUCAGUGGUUGCAUUUAGCAAAAUCAUUUUGGCGGGAAAGCAAAACUGUCCAAUCUAUACUCUGUAAUCUGUGAUCUGCAUUUCCAAUCUAUAACCUCUGUAAUCUGUGGUGGAUCGCGUGCGCUUUUCCGCAGUUUCAGUUUGAUUAAAUUAGUCCAAUUUUGGUAUAAAAAGUGCUCGAAUUGUGGAUUUGAAAUAGUCUCUUUACCCAUUAAAAUGAAAUAUAUUCUUGUUACGGGAGGUGUAAUUAGUGGGGUGGGUAAAGGAGUUAUUUCAAGUUCGUUUGGGGCGAUUUUAAAAUGUUGCGGUAUAGAAGUCACUAUGAUCAAAAUCGAUCCUUACAUCAAUUUGGAUGCGGGUACUUUUAGCCCUUACGAACAUGGGGAAGUGUAUGUACUAAAUGACGGAGGAGAAGUGGAUUUAGACCUCGGCAACUAUGAAAGAUUUCUGAACAUUACCUUGCAUAAGGAUAACAAUAUUACUACCGGCAAAAUUUACCAAUCUGUUAUUUCUAAAGAAAGACAUGGCGAUUAUUUGGGAAAAACAGUUCAAGUUGUUCCACAUAUUACCGAUGCGAUUCAAGAAUGGGUAGAAAGAGAAGCAAACAAGCCGGUAUCACAAAGUGGUAAACUUCCGGAAGUGUGCAUCAUAGAACUCGGAGGAGUUAUCGGAGAUAUUGAAAGUAUGGCUUUUGUGGAAGCCUUUAGGCAGUUUCAGUUUAGAGUUAAAAGGGAAAAUUUCUGUGUGGCCCAUGUUUCCUUGGUUCCACAGCCAAAAACUACUGGGGAAUCAAAAACAAAACCAACACAAUCAUCCGUUAGGGAACUUAGGGGAUUGGGUCUUUCGCCAGAUAUAAUUGUUUGCAGGUCAGAAAGGCCAAUUGAGGACGGAGUCAAAGAAAAAAUAUCUAAUUUCUGUCAUGUUGCUCCUGAGCAGAUAAUUAGUGUUCCGGAUCUGCCGUCUGUUUAUGAGGUUCCAGUUUUUAUAGAAAAUCAUGGUAUGGCUGAGUUCUUGAGCAAUAGAUUACAUCUUGGUAUUUGUCCACUUCCUCCGAGGAGGAAAUAUAUGGCAGAAUGGUGUGAGUUAGGAGAACGGAUAAGGCAUCUUAAAUAUGAUGUGAUUGUUGCCAUUGUAGGCAAAUAUACAAGAUUAGAAGACUCUUAUACAUCAAUUACCAAAGCUCUUCAUCACGCAGGAAACAAAAUUGGUUACAAAGUUAUUAUCAAAUUUAUCGAAGCGUCUAAUUUAGAAAAGACGAUGCUGACCGACGAUCCUACGGCUUAUCAUACUGCUUGGAGAGAGCUCUGCCUUUGCGAUUGCGUGGUGGUGCCAGGCGGCUUUGGUAAACGCGGAGUUGAGGGCAAAAUCGAAGCUGUGAGAUGGUGCAGACUCAAAGAAAAACCAUUCUUAGGGAUUUGCUUAGGAUUCCAGACUGCCGUUAUCGAAUUCGCACGAAGCGAAUUGGGUUUAAAAGAUGCACAUUCAACAGAGGUUAAUGAAGAGACUAAAAAUCCAGUUGUAAUAGACAUGCCUGAGCAUAAUACGGGGAUUAUGGGAGGUACCAUGAGGCUGGGAAAAAGAACAACUGUUUUUAAGCCAACCAGCACCAACAGUAAAAUCCGAAAGCUAUAUGGAAGCAAAGGUGCGAUCGAAGAGCGCCAUAGGCACAGGUUUGAGGUGAAUCCUGAAUAUAUACCGAAUUUAGAGAAGCACGGGUUGAAGUUUGUUGGUGUAGACAUAGAUGAGCAACGCAUGGAAAUACUGGAAUUAGAUAAUCACCCUUAUUUUGUAGCGGUGCAAUUUCACCCUGAAUAUCUUUCCAGACCUGUUAAACCCUCUCCUCCGUUCAUUGGUUUGAUUUUAGCGGCAAAGGAUAGGCUGAAAGCGUAUUUGUCUAGAGGGUGCAAAUUAAGCCCACGAGAACCGCAAAGCGAUUAUUAUGAUUCAGAUGACGCACAAGAUUCUAACGAAUUGACAGUAAAGAAGCUACACAAUGAAAAUGAACACGAUGACGACAACAGCAGUGCUUAUAGCAGUUCUAGUCAAUGCUAAGUUGGUUAGUUGUGAUCGGGGUUUGCUUUUUUCUAUGCAACAAUAUAUCCAGUUGUACCUACUAUAACUAUUAUCAGGAACAGGACACGGCAGUAGCAGCAAAGUACUUCCAAUAAUUGAAAUUUACUUGUUUUUAUAUUCAGAAUUCCACGAACUAAUUUUAGGGUCUAAUCAUUCCUUUUUUCUAAUUCCAUUUUUUUGCAAUUCAACAGUUUUUUUUUGGUUUAUUUUAUAUUGUAGGGUAAUGUUGUAUUUUAUUAAUUGUACCAGACCAGUGUACUGUACCAGUAAUUGACUUUGUGCAGGCCAGGAAGUAUUGUAAAUAUGAGUAACUGCAAAUGAUCAGUUCUUAUAAAGUAUGUUUAUAAGAACUGUUAAGUAUUGAAAUUUACUUGCUAAUAAUUUAAUAAAUUUACUGACAAUACUAAACACUUUAUUUAGAUGCUUCUACUUUAAAAAGAUCAGCAAUAUUUUUAGUGUCUUACUUUACAUGUAUAUUAUUUGAUAUUAUCUCACACCAACACUAAAGAUUCCUCACAAGCUGUACACUUUGGAAAUUCCAUAUUAACUUGUAAUAUCCGCGUUGAUUCUAACAUUAGCCUGAACAUAUAAUCAAUGCCAAUCACGAACUCUUAUUUCACCUCCAAUCGAUUGGGAGAUGCUCAUAUUCAUAUGCAUCUUAUUUGGCAUUCAAAACCAUAAUUCAUUAUGAUAAUUGCUUAUGACUCCAAUUGAAGAAUGCUAAAUUAUUUUAUUAUACAAUCGGUAAGGCACAAGCUUGUAUUGCCAAGUGCAAAGGGUUCUUAAUCACAGUUGACCAACGCUUCUCAACGUAAAUCGAUCGAAAUGUGCCGCCUAAUUCAAGUUGUGUUGAUGGUAAGACAAUAUUUGUGUUUUAUACUUUUGGAAAUUGGAUGUUGAUUUAAAAAAAAUUAGGAUCUGUUAAAUUUAUUUUUUGACAAAAAUGCUAUAUUUUCAGUUAUUCAAGAUAUAAUAUAUAUAUUCUAAGUACUGAAUUGAAUUACUGCAAAUGAAUUAGUAUCUGUAUUUUUUUGUUUGGGUUCGGUAUUUUGCAACUAAAAAAAUAAAAUAAAAAAACAAGAGAAUUUCGUUAAUAAAAAAAAUAUUUAUUAAAGUUCAAGACCGCAUACCUCGAAAAAGCUGCGUUUGAAGAUAUGUUUAUAAAGGAAAUAUGCUUGUUCUUUAUUUGAUUGAUUUGAAUUUGAUGUUCUCUAUCACCAUAAAAGUUUGCCGGUAUAUUUACAGAACACUCAACGACAAUGGCGAAACACCAAUUGAUAAGUGUGCCCAAUUAAUUUGCCCAGAUUUAUAGGUUCUAAAACUAAAUAUUACCUUCAUAAAAAUUGUAUGUUUAAUUAUAGGAAAUGUUGCAUAUAAGGCACUAGACUAACUAGUUCUAGUUCGUUUCAAUAAAUAAUUAUUUGAAGUAAUAA